AUGACCUCUCGAGCUCUUGGAUUGGGUUCUGCCCUUCGAACCGCCGCUUUCACCCCAAGGACCCUGCGAAACCAGGUUGUUCUGCGAAACUCCAUUACCAGGAGAUUCGUCCAAACCGAGUCCCUGACCCCCGCCGAGAACCUCCAACUCCUCAACAAGCAACGACUAAAGCGACCCAGCAGCCCCCAUUUCACCAUCUACCAACCCCAGCUUACAUGGCUCGGAUCUAUUGCUAACCGUGUCACUGGUGCUGGCCUCAGUGUCUUGUUGUACGGUUUCUCGAUCGCCUACCUUAUCGCCCCCGGCACCUUCGACAGCGCACACGUCGUCGAGUUUGUCGCUGGUCUCCCCGACGGUGUCAAGUACGCCGGCAAGGCCAUCCUCGCCGCUCCAUUCUCCUACCACGCCUGGAACGGCUUGAGGCAUUUGGCUUGGGAUGCUGGCAAAUUCCUCUCGGUCAAGGGCGCCUACGCCACCGGUUACGCUGUGCUGGGACUUACCGGUGUUUCCACCGUCGUCCUUACUUUCUUCAAGUAAUCGUAUCCAAGAGGAAUAGUCGCUCGUCUGCUUGGUCACAAAUCACUGUGUCGCAUUGUAAAGUUCGCCAUGCCUUAUAAUUUUAAUUCACUCA